AGGUUCUGCCGGAGCAGGAACUUUUCGCUUAGCGGCAGUUGCUUUGGAGGUUCAGCACAGUUUUGGACUUGGAGUGUCGCGGUUCGUCAGAGUUUAUUUUAAUAUCAAAGUCUAAUCGCGUCCACGGUAUAAUGAAGUUGGUGAAGAAUUAGGUGGAACAUAUAAGCGGUCUAAAUUUAACGGCGUGUGAUUUCGUGCUGUUGAGCAAUCUGUUGAUGUGUUAAUUUUGUGAUCGACUAGAGCAGUGUUGGAUUAGUGGUGUUGCAAGCAUUUGCUGGAUAAGAUACAUUGUUAGGUGCGAAAAACCUACAUUCUAGGCAGUUCGAGUGUGCCGGCAAGUGUUUGACCAAGUGCUUCAGAAAUGGGGUCCGAGACCCGAAUUCUCGGCGGAAGUCUCCUCGCAGUCGCAGUACUAUCGGCAUUUAUUAUCGGAAUACAGUCCAUCAACCCACAGCACCACGAUGUGGAUUUAGUAUUCGAUGAUAUCUCCUCCCCAAUUGCGAGCAAGGCCAUCAUCGGUGAAGAGCGCCAGCAAUCGCACUACUCAUCGUUGAAUAAACGCAGCGCCGACCACAACAACGUCGAAGAGGAUAGUCUCUUCGACCUAAGUGGCUUCGAUAACAACAAUGUUGCGCUCGCCGAUGACGACUUGGAAGACGAAGAUGACGACGAAGACUUCGUCGGAGACGGUGACGCCCUGGCGGCGGUGGCGGCGGCCGAUCUACCAGAAGCUGAAAAUCAAAAUUGGCUGGUGCGAAGUGUUCACAGAAUUAGGCGUAGCAUCGAUAAUCUUUUAAGUGGGCCUGACAAGACCGUGAAACGCGCAAGAAAAAAGAAGAACCACAAGAAGCCAAUUGAUGGUAGCAAAAAGUCUAGAAGCGAAGGUGAUUUAAACGCCGGCAAGAAGAGCGCCAGCAAGAAGAGCCAUCUGGGCGAGAAACGGAAAGGUGGAAAUUUGAAAAAUUACGCACGCACCGAAAAGAACAAACGGAGGCAAAGCGUGGAUUCCUUGCGCUUGAAGAGACAGUUCGAUGAAUCCGCGUUUGACGACGAAGACAGAAUGUCUGGCUCUGGCGGGUUGCCGGACCGUGGAUUCGAGAAUGCUUAUAAGUUGACAUUGACGGUGUUUGAGCCGUACGAUUCCGAGUUCGACAAUAAAGAGAGCAAUCGCUUCAAACAAGUCGCCAAAAGUGUGGCGGAAAAAUUACACGCAUUGCUGAGUGAUUUGGACUUCAGUGCGGUGUUUAUCAUUACAGUGCAGGAACUGGAGCGGAACUCAGAUGAUGCGCGCGAAACGUUCGUCACAUUCGAAAUCAACGUGGACAAGAGCCUGUUGAAGAGCACGAUUGAUAAUCAUCUACGCGCAGCCAUCGAGCAUGGAUACGAAAACUUUGAUAUGAAGGGAUACAGCCUCACAGCGGAAGGUAUUCUGGAUGAGGACUAUAAUGACACAGAUUACCCUGAUCCAGGUCCCGAUAAGCCGCUGGAUCCGUUCACCGAAGAACCUUUCAUUAGUGAAAAACCGUACACAGUGUCAACGUCGGCUCAUGAUAUUGUGGAGCAUAUUCCUGACCUUCCCGAUGAGGAUGACGAUAGUGGCAUCGAGGAUCCCGUAACUAAAACACUGACAGAAAAUGUCGUUGUAACUUCGAGUGAACACCCCGUCUACGCGGAGGAUAAAUGCCGCGGGGAUGAUAAAUUCCGAUGCGGAAAGACAAACGUUUUCAUCUGCGAAGUACAAAAGUGCGACGGUCAUAGCGAUUGUCCCAAUGGCGAAGAUGAGGAUCCAAAGGACUGCUUGAUCUGUAAUGACGAUGAGUUCAGCUGUGAUAACAGUAAAUGUAUUCACAAGUCACAGAAAUGUAACCACGUUUCUGAUUGUGAUGAUGGUUCUGAUGAGCUGGAUUGUCCUACUGAGGCACCUAUUUCCGAAGAAUGCAACAGUGACGAGUACACGUGUAACGAUGGUAGCUGUAUUCCUCUGGAAAACCAAUGUGAUGGCCAUUUUGAUUGUGAGGAUCGCGAAGAUGAGGUCGACUGCGCAAAACGAGAAUGUGCAUCAACUGAGUUCCAAUGCAACGACGGCCGUUGCAUUUCAAAAGACAAUGUAUGCGAUGGAAUCAAACAUUGUCCAGACGAAGAAGACGAGGAUUGUGAAUUCGAAGGCGAAGAUUGUGGUGAGCAUCAGUUCAAAUGCGUCUACGAUGAGUAUUGCAUUCCAUUAGAAUAUCGUUGUAACAGACGAUUGGAUUGUUACGACGGAUCUGAUGAGAAAGGAUGCGAAAUUUGUAACACAGGUGACUUCCGCUGCGACAAUGGACACUGCAUUCCUAUGAACCAACGUUGUGAUCAAUUCCAUCAAUGCAGCGAUGGUAGUGACGAGAAGGGUUGUAGAACUGAAACGUGUAGCACAGAUGAAUUCACUUGUCUCAAUGGAGAGUGCAUCCGCGAAGCUGAUCGCUGCAACGGCCACGUAGACUGUGCGGAUGGUUCCGAUGAACAGGACUGUCACCAAAAAUGUGAUGACCAUCAUGAGUUCACAUGCUUAGAUGGCACUUGUAUUCCUAAAUCAAGUCAGUGCAAUAGAUAUAACGAUUGCCGAGAUGGUAGUGACGAGAUCAAUUGUGACGAUAAUUCUAUUUUAAAAUCAUUGGAUCAUCACAAUCAUCACAAUCGAGAUAUCGUAUCUCAUCACCAUCCCCAUGGGCAACAUCAACCGGGUUACCGCAAUGAUCGCUGCGGACGCGACAAUUUCCAGUGUCACGAUGGAAUCUGCAUUUCGGGCUACAAAAAGUGCAAUGGAAUUGUCGACUGUCACGACGAGUCCGACGAACUCGAUUGUCCUGCAUACGCGAACGACGAAGAUGACGAGGAUUCCUGCGGGACCGAUGAAUUCUACUGCGACGGUAGAUGUUUAGACGACAGUUUCCGUUGCGACGGUAGAGUUGAUUGUCCGAACGCAGAGGACGAGGAAGAUUGUGAUAUUAUUGACGAAUGUAGUGAUACCGAAUUCGCAUGCGACGGUAUCUGUCUAGGUAAGGAAGCAUUCUGUAAUGGGGCUGCAGAUUGCGAUGAUGGCACCGAUGAAAAUAACUGUAUCUUAUGUCAGAACGGUGCAUUCCAUUGCAAGAGUAGAGAAUGCAUUCCGUUCAGUAAACGUUGCGAUGGAGCUAUGGAUUGUAACGAUAACAGUGACGAGCUCGACUGUAACACCAAUUCAUCCAAUGGCACUAGCGGGUCUUGCACUCCAGAUCAGUUUCAGUGUGACAAUGGCUUCUGUAUUAAUAGCGAAUUCCGCUGCGAUAAUCACGUCGAUUGUAUAGACAGAUCGGACGAGACUGGUUGUCCGACCGGUCCUCGGUGUACAAUCGAACAGUUUACCUGCUCCGAUGGUUCUUGUAUCGACGGUGAUCAACGCUGUGAUAGACGUUCCGACUGCAGUGACGGUGGCGAUGAAGUCGACUGUGGAACUUACUAUCCACCACACGUCGAACGAUGUGCGGGCCGACACGAAUGCCCAGAAGGUACCUGCAUCGAACGUUCUCAGCUGUGUGAUGGUAACCGAGAUUGUCGCGAUGGAUCAGACGAGCGUAACUGCCCGUGCCGAUCGUCCGAAUUCACCUGCGGUGAUGGAGAGUGCAUUCCAAACUACUUGGUAUGCAACAAGAGCCCGGACUGCCGAGAUCAGUCGGACGAGAGAAAUUGUACCUGCUCUAGAGGAGAAUUCCGUUGCAACACUGGCGAGUGCAUACCUGCUUCCCGGCGAUGUGAUUUGAGAGUGGAUUGUCGUGACGGCUCGGAUGAGAAUGAUUGCAAACGAAAAUGCCGAGAUUACGAGUGGACUUGCUACGAUGGUUCUUGUAUUCGUUUGCAGCAACGAUGCAAUGCACGGUUCGAUUGUUCUGACCGUAGUGAUGAACAAAACUGCUAUACUGACAGAUGUGAUCGUAACAUGUUCAGAUGUGAAAAUGGUCCUUGCAUUCCACGAUCUUUAAGAUGCAACCGGGUAGUCGACUGUCCUUAUGAUACAAGCGAUGAACUAGACUGUGCUGAAAACACUCCCCCAAGCGAAGGAGAAAGGAGACUAGUCCUGCGUACAUAUCCAGAUGAGCAGAUUAUCAAAGAAAGACAGAUAAUAGAGGGUCGCGAAGUUGUCUUCCAGUGUCGUGAUGAAGGUCCGAUUCGGGCCAAAGUCAGAUGGACACGUGCCAAUGGAAUGCCGCUUCCACCGGGUUCACGUGAUUUGAACGGACGACUGGAGAUUCCCAACAUUCGGUUCGACCACAACGGUGACUACCUCUGUGAGGCAGUCGGAUACCCGAAAUCGACACCAGGCAGCAGCAGAACAGUUCAUCUAAUCGUAGAACGAUAUUAUCCCGCCGAACGUCCUCCUUCAGCAUGCUCCAUUACUCAGGCAACAUGCAUGAACGGUGACUGUAUUGCCAAGUCUCAGAUUUGCGACGGGAACUAUGACUGCACGGAUGGUUCAGACGAGCACGGCUGCAGCAAAUCACAACGCUGUGAGCCUAACGAGUUCAAAUGUCGAAACAACAAAUGUGUCUUCAAAACGUGGCGCUGCGACGGUGAAUCAGACUGUGCAGAUGGUUCAGAUGAAGAGAACUGCGCUACCCUGCCGCCGGACGCUGCCUGUCGGUACGACGAAUUCCAGUGUAGGAGUGGUCAAUGUAUUCCGAGGUCAUUCCAGUGUGACUCUCAUCCAGACUGUCUCGACCUGUCGGACGAAAUUGGUUGCAUGGCACCUUCGGUUAUCCAACCACCUCCUCCAUCGCUAAAUGUGGUUGCGGGAGGAGUAUUGAACAUAACCUGUCGCGCCACCGGUAUUCCGAUUCCGCUUAUAGUGUGGCGUCUCAAUUGGGGUCAUGUCCCAGAUAAGUGUACUUCGAUUAGCAAUAACGGCUUUGGGGUGCUAACUUGUAACGAUAUGCAGCAGAUUGAUUCUGGUGCUUACUCGUGUGAAAUCAUCAACUCAAUGGGAACGCACUUUGUAUCACCUGAUACUAUAGUCAGCGUCAUCGGGAAUGAUACGGUUUGUCGCUCUGGAUACUUCAACAGCAAAGCAAGACAUCCCAACGAUUGCAUCAACUGCUUCUGUUUCGGAGUUUCCAACCAAUGCAAGAGUGCAGAUUUAUUCACUUAUGCUCUUCACCCGCCGGUCACUUCUCUCACCAUUGUAGGCGUAGAGGGGCCGUGGACCGGACAGCGCCGGAUAACUGAAGGCGAGUUCAGCAAUCACGAUUUGGCUGUCACAAGACACGGAGUCCAACUAAGAUUGGCAAACAUCGUUCCUGGUAGACAGAUCCCGUAUUAUUCACUGCCCAUCGAGUAUAAAGGAAAUCAGCUCAAAUCGUAUGGAGGAUCCGUUCGAUACACUGUAGAAUAUGACGGAAGCGGAAGCCCAAACAGUGCUCCUGACAUGAUUAUAAAAGGAAAUGGAUUCGUGCUGCUGUACAAUCACAAUGCUCCUUUCUAUCCAGAUGAGAGAAACCAAGUUACUGCAGCUUUCCUCCCUGGAGUUUGGCGCAAAGAAGAUAACACCAUGGCUAGUCGAGAAGAGCUGAUGAUGGUACUAGCCAAUGUCGAAAGCUUGCUCAUCAAAAUGUUGUACGUAGAUGGGGUAGAACGGAACAUCGAGCUAUUAGAUAUUUCAAUGGAUUCGGCAGCUAAUCAAAACCUCGGAUUGGGAUCUGCAACUUUAGUUGAAGAAUGUAGAUGUCCACCGGGAUAUCGUGGGCUUUCCUGCGAAAAUUGUGAUUAUGGAUACGAUCGUCAAAGCAGCGGCCCUUGGCUUGGACGUUGUGUACCCAAACAAGAAGAAUGUCGGCCGGGAUACUAUGGCGAUCCAAAUCGAGGAAUUCCUUGCCAACCUUGUCCAUGUCCAAUUGUUGGAGAUAAGUCGCGGGCAAGAACAUGUCAACUCGAUAACCGCAAUAACGUAGUGUGCAACUGUGAGAGAAGCUACACCGGAGACAGGUGCCAACAUUGUGCCCCUGGAUACGUCGGCAACCCAUUAGGUGAAGGUUGCUUCCAAGCUCCGCAAUCUAAGUGCAAUUCGGAAGGCACUCAACAAGUAUUGUCCGACGGUCGGUGUGUCUGCAGAAAUGGAGUUACCGGAACGUACUGUGACCGCUGCCAGGCAGAACAUUUCUUCUUGCACGAAAAAGGAUGCGUCGAGUGCUUCUGCAUGGGAGUUUCGAGAACGUGUACCAGCACGAGCAUGUUCAGAGAUACGGUUCAAGCAUCCUUCAAUGACGGCCAAUCUGGAUUUUCAUUGAUUUCUGAUUACAUUAAUCCGGAAACUAUUGCGUUCAAUCUAGAGGCAUCGAGUAGAGAAAUUGUGUAUCGAAACUUCGGUACAAGUGAUGACACUUUCUACUGGAGACUGCCAGCGAAGUUCUUGGGCAAUAAAUUAACGUCUUACGGAGGAUCUCUGAACUACACACUGCGGUACACACCUCACUCUUCUGGAGGUGCAUCGAGAAGCAGUUCACCGGAUGUUGUACUUCACAGCGGCAAUAAAAUUAAACUCCAUCACUACCGCAACGAUGGUAGUAUUUCACCUAUCGGAUCCAGCACGUACUCCGUGGUAGUUUUAGAAGACUUCUGGCAGAACUAUGAAGACGGCAACAAAGUUUCUCGUCCGUAUCUUCUGAUGGCACUGGCCAAUGUUAGCGACAUUUUCAUCAAGGCCACAUACAACACUAUCUCCAGCGAAGCUGCCCUGUCACACGUCAGCUUAGAUGUGGCUUCGGUAGCUGACUACGGUUCAGGGGUACGGGCGUGGCCUGUUGAACAAUGCCAGUGCGCCGAAGGACACAUUGGUCUGUCCUGUGAGGAUUGUGCCCCUGGUUACUACAAGGGUGACGGUGGACUCUAUCUUGGUUUGUGUGAGAAAUGCGAAUGCAAUGAUCACUCAGAUGAAUGUGAUCCAAUUUCGGGUGCUUGUCUGAACUGUAGACAUAACACCUACGGCAACAAUUGUGAGUACUGCCAACCGCCUUACGUUGGUAAUGCUACCGGGGGGACUCCCAACGAUUGCACAAGUCGACCUUCAGAUCCUAUCAUCGGAUGUGAUCAUUGUGACCCAAGAGGCUCUACGGGCAGAUGUGAUAGAGGAUGCGAAUGCAAGCGGUUGGUUGAAGGAUAUCGAUGCGAUCAAUGCCGGGAGGGAUCGUUCGAUUUGAAUGCAAAUAAUCUUGAUGGAUGCCGGGAAUGCUUCUGCUCUGGGGUUACCAGAUCAUGCGGCAAAUCUCGUUUGUUCCGGGAAGAUCUUCCGUUGUUCAUAUCCGAGGAAGAUAGAUUUUCUAUCACAAAUCGUGAGGGACAUGUGAUUAACACUGAUGGCUUCGAUGUUGCUGCGCAUUUGAAUGAAAUUAGUUUCAACUUCAGAGACAGGAACACCUACUACUGGAGUUUACCGGAUAGAUUAUUGGGCAACCAAAUUUUGUCAUAUGGAGCAAAUUUAACCCUCACGCAGUCCACUGUUGGAUCGGAACCAAUUCCUGAUCAGGAUAUCAUUCUCAUCGGUAACGGAUUGAAACUGUUCUGGUCUAGACCACACUACGAAGAUGGGGUUUAUUCGGUGCCACUUUUGGAAAGCUACUGGACUGUACUCGGACCAAGAAGUCCAUACAAAGCCACUCGAAAUGAUCUUAUGACAGUACUGUCUAACUUGGACCAUAUCUUGGUGCGCGCAACUGUUCGCGAUUACACUACCAGGUCGUCCAUCAGUGACAUAGCACUGGGAACCGCGGUGACAGCCCACACCGACCUAGGAGUCGCAGAAGAAGUCGAGUUGUGCCGUUGUCCACCAGGAUAUCGUGGAACCAGUUGCGAAACUUGUGAAGAUCAUUUCUACAAAGACAUCUACGAUCAUUCGGCUGGUAUCAAGGGAGUGUGUAAGCCAUGUCCGUGUGACAAUGCAGCGUCAUGCGACAUGGAUGGCCGUGGAGAUGUUAAAUGCAACUGCCUUCCAGGAUUUUACGGUCCAAGCUGUGACAGUCGCCAUAAAAUCAAUUGCACCGAUUAUGCGAUCGUACUCUACAAUGAUACAAACUUCGACCAUUAUCAGAUUCGCGACGACAAAGGCGUUGAAAUUGGAAUCAUUUAUAAGAUAAAGCGAUCACACUCAGGACAUCCUGAAGGAACCCCUCCGCCACGACCGACUCCACCUCCAGUCAUCGAAGUAAUUGUGGCAUCACCAACCAUUCACAUCGUAGAAGUUGGACGCCAAGUGCAGCUGGGAUGUACUGCUCGUUACACCGUAUCCAAGCGACCAAUUGAAGUUCGAUGGAAUAGACAAAAUGGACAGUUGCCUAAUCGAGCAUACAUCCAAAGUGGUACACUCAUAAUCACCGACGUUCAGAUAUCUGAUAGCGGCGUGUACGUGUGUCAAGCGGGAAGCGGUCCGGAGACUACAUAUCAACAGGUUACAGUUUCCGUUGAAGGUGGCUCACCUCAACGUAAGCCUGAAGUAACCAUCUCGCCGGAUUAUGUCAAUUCAGAAGAAUAUCGACCCGCUGAUGUAACAUGCACAGCCACCGGAUUCCCGACGCCUGUGGUAACUUGGGAACGGAUGGAUGGCCAUCCACUUUCCGCCAAUGUUAUCAUUGAGUAUGGAUUGCUUCGCUUUAAUUCGCUCCGCAAGUCUGACGAGGGCACGUAUCGCUGUUCGGCGCGAAACGACAUUGGCGAAUCCGACAGGAUCUUGCAGGUCUACGUCCAAUCUCGCGACCCCAGACCACCACCAGGGGGAGACAUCACAUAUGAAACAGUUCAGAUCAAUCCGGGCAAUUAUGAAGGUCGAUCUGGUGAACAAAUUACGCUUACCUGUGUUUGCCAACCAAAGGGUUCGGUUAAAUGGUCCAAGGCCGGAGAACCUAGCCUCCCACUAAACAGUUAUGUUCAGGAUGAACUGCUUAUCAUCGAUCAUGCCACAAUCGAUAAUUCGGGUCGAUAUACUUGUACUGCAACCUUCCCGAGUGGCCGAGAAAGAACAUCCUUCGUUGAUGUUAUGGUUUCCCCAAUGCGACCAGAUUUAACCGUUCCUCAAGUGAAACCCUUGGAAAACAAGCAUGAGAUUACGCAAGGAACCGACUACACGAUAACUUGCGAAGCAAGUGGCAAUCCUCAUCCUACAAUCAAAUGGACCUUGAGUGGUAAUCCAUUUGCUCCGAACGUGCAACAAAACGGCAAUACUCUGAGAAUUUUGAAUGCCCAACCAUCUAACCGUGGAGUAUACAUUUGUGUUGCCGAAAACAGUGAAGGCAUGGAUCGAUCAUACACGGUUGUGGACAUUGAUCGUCGUGAAGCUCCGGUUCUGGAACUCUACCCAACCGAACCGCAGGUCAUAAAGGUCGGCGAAUCCAUUCGAUUAUCAUGCCGAGCCACUGCCGGUGUGCCAUAUCCAACGCUUACCUGGGUCCGUCGAGAUCGACGACCUCUAUCUACUAGAGUGACGCAAGACUACCCGGGCGUGAUAACGUUGCGUGAGGUUACUUUUGAGGAUGGCGGCGAGUAUGAGUGUAGAGCUGAAAAUACCGCUGGCUCUACAUCUCUAACAGCGUCGGUUGACGUUCAACUGGCCCCAGUGGCCACAAUUUUGCCUGACACAGAAGUGCACAAACUGUACGAGGGUGACGAGUUGGACAUACAAUGCACUGCUAGAGGUAAACCAGAACCAACGGUGCAGAUCAAACCACCGCAACAUCAUGAACUAGAUAAUAGGCUCUUAUCAAUUCACGAAGGCCUUGGAUCGGCCAACAUCCGCAUAUUCCGAGCAGAAAUCAAACAUUCUGGAACAUAUGAGUGUGUAGCAACCAGCACGGCUGGAACAGAUUCUCGCUUCAUUGUAGUCCAAGUCCAAGAGAAAAGAGGAGACCUAGGACCUCAUGAUAAUGAUAAUGAUUCAUAUACACAUCCACCGUACCCCACUUAUCCUGUGCAUACUGGUCGCCCACAGCAGCAUACCUACAAAGCCAUCCUUGGUGAACGGUCAGAGCUGGUGUGUAGCGAGGCCUCCAGGGGAUCUCGCACUGAAUGGCGACGAACUGAUGGAAGGCGCUUACCAGCCGAUUCGCUGCUUCGAGACGGUCACCUGAUCAUCGAAAACACUGGUCAUGAUGCUGCUGGAAUGUACGACUGCAUUGCAUAUGAUAUUGCUCCGACUCCUACCACCAUUGUGCAAAUUGUGCUCAAGAUCAUUGAACCGCCGCGUAUCAGCUUCAGCCCAGUGAUGCCGAUGGUGGUACGAACCGGAGAAACAGUGAUCAUCUUCUGCAACGCCACUGGCGCCCAACCUUUACAUGUACGGUGGCACGGAGAGGGCGGUCAGCAUCUACCGAACCGGAUACGAGUCAGCGGGCAGUACCUACAGUUCACACAAAUUACCCAAGAUGACGCAGGGCGGUACUAUUGUUCGGCCGCCAAUCUGUACGGAAAUGUCACCAAGGCAGCAGAGGUCAUUGUGAAUAGAAACGAAGUAGUACCCGAAAUUCCACGACAUGGACGUAUUCACGAAGUAAGCAGAGGGUCGUCAGUAUCGCUUGACUGCAAGCUUCAUCCGGAUCACUAUUAUGUGGAUGCCAGGUACCACUGGAGCCGCUCGGACGGUCCACUGCCAUACAACGUGGUAAUUGGAGAGCGGAUUCUGGAACUUCAUGGAAUCCAAGACAAAGACGCUGGCCGGUACGAGUGUCGCAUGACUUUCCCGAACGGUUCGGUUGCGAUCAACUAUGUAGAUUUGGUCGUCAAGGGUCCCGAAGCAACCCGGCUGAUUAGCGUUGAGUGCACAUUCACUGAAUACAUCUGCGGGACGCCCACUGUAGUAACCAAGAGCUGCAACCCGUCCUGGAUCUGCGACGGCAUUCCGAACUGUGCCGACUUCUUCGACGAGCGCAAUUGUCGCGUCAUGCGACGCGGAAAGCUCGUUUACGUAAUUCCGGAACAUAACCCACGCGGACAACGUCAAUCGAUCCGCCAGCGGUUACCCGGAUACCAAACCUCAGCUAUGGAUUCUCCUCUGACGCGACCUGCAACUCAAUUUUUCGCUCCCCAAUCUUUGCCCAUCCUUCGGUUGGAUCCAACUAUAUCGUACCUGAGUCCUGGUGAAUCGGUAGUAGUCGAUUGUAGUUCUUCUGCAGGAUCUCAUGUACCGGUCUCAUGGGAAAAGGUUGGCGGGUCACCAUUGCCUUACAACUUUAGGCAAGAUGGCAACAGACUGAUUAUUCAGAAUGUCGUCGAAGGCGAUUCCGGAAAGUAUACCUGUGUUUGCCGCACCGACGAUGGUCUCCAGUACAUUUCAGACUUUGAACUGCAGGUCAAUCCGGGUAGACAUCCGGAGUCUUCGCGCAGCUCCAAAGUGGAGUACGCCAGUCGUGGCUCAACGGUGAAACUACAAUGCAACACUGACUACCUGCAAACCUCGUUCCAGUGGUCACGCGAUCGAGGCUCGUUCAACGCCGAUCAGAACACUACAAUCCCAAUUCUCACGCUAACAGAUGUCCAGGCUGCCGAUGCGGGUACCUACAUUUGCACAGCGCGUCACAAUGGUCACACCGUGGAUGUGCUGACCACGUUGAUCGUGAGCGGAGCUAUUCCAUUCUUCCCUCAAUCUCCCAAAAGUUACAUGGCGUUCAACAAAAUCGAAAACACCUACUCCAAAUUUAACUUCGAGAUCUCCUUCAAACCAGAGAAGCUAAACGGUCUUAUCCUGCACAACGGUCAACGACCACCAAAAGGAGACUACAUUUCCCUCUCCCUGAAAAAUGGAUUCCCACAGUUCAGGUUCGAUUUCAAUGGACAGCAGGUUACACUCCAGCCGGAGAAACCCAUUCAUAUGGGACAGUGGCACACAGUUAAGGUGAACCGCGUAAGAAAUAACGGUUUCAUGCUGGUUGAUGAUCAAAGUCCGGUUGUAUUCCCGGAAAGACUGAAGUUCCAUGGGUUGAACUUGGACGACAACUUGUACAUUGGAGGUGUUCCGAACUUUGGAGCCAUUCCUUCAACUGCUGUGGAACACAAGGAAGGUUUCGUUGGUUGCAUAAGUAGAUUGGUGAUCAAUGGACGUGAAAUUCAGCUGCACCAGGAGGCCAUUCAGAACGAAGGAACGACAUCGUGCGAAUCGUGUGCUGAUGAUCCAUGCUUGAAUGCGGGAAUAUGCUUGGAGACUCAAUCUGCCGUUGGAUACUCCUGCGUGUGUCAGGAAGGUUUCACCGGUAAGGAUUGUAGUAUCGAAGGUCAAAGGUGCUUACCCGACACUUGCGGAAUUGGUCGCUGUGAAGAAACGGAAUCCGGAGCAGAGUGCUACUGUCCGAUACACAAGACUGGUGACCGAUGUCAGUACACGGAACAUUACGCUGAUGACACGUUGGCGUUCAAAGAUGGCAGCUACGCAGCUUACGAUAAAUUCCAAACAAAACGCAGUGUCAAGUUCCGUAUCAAGCCGGACUCACUGAGCGAUGGCGUCCUGUUGUAUGCGGCCGAAAAUGAGAAAACUUAUGGUGACUUCCUCGCCGUCUUACUCAAGGAUGGCCACGUUGAACUUCGCUAUAGCGUCGCGGGAAAAAUACCACCAAUAACGCUAAGGUCAACUGUGCCGAUCGAGGUCAACCAUUGGCACGAAAUAUCGGCUGGUCGAAGUCGGGGUGGACUGGCAUAUCUCCAAGUUGACGAAGAACCUGUGAUCAACGAACCUAAAACAGGACGAGCAACUCCCAUCGCCCUGAAGUCAAAUGUGUACGUCGGAGGAUACGACAAGCGGAUACUACUGAACCGUGCCGUAGGUAUAGAUCGAGGAUUCGAAGGAUGCGUAUCAGAUCUCGAAAUUUCCGGUAAUGUAAUGAAUAUGAUUGAUGACAUCAAGGAAUCGGCGAACCUCUAUAACUGCGGUCUUCAACAACAGGGUGGAGGGGUCGAGCACGGUAAUGACGUAGAUAAUGAAAUCGACCCUUGCAAACCAGGCUACGGAGGGGCACACUGUGACAUUGUUGUAGAUGUUUGUUUAGCGCAGAGGCCUUGUGAAAAUGGAGGACACUGUCACACCAAGCAGGAUGGCACUCUGUACUCUUGCGAAUGUCAUUCAGGCUUCCUUGGAAGAAACUGCGAACACGUUUAUGCCACCAACAUCGGAUCUCAGUUCGCUGGAGACGGGUUCUUGGAAAUAAAUCCACGAGCAAUCGCUGACAGUGUCGAUCAACUUGGAACCAAGCUUGCAGUCUUGUUUAGCACGACACAUAACAACGGAAUGCUGCUGUGGUAUGGUCAACGGAACGAAGACAACUUCGCCGGAGACGACUACAUCUCUCUGUCCGUGCACGAAGGAUACUUAGAAUUUGGAAUGCGACUGGAUGGCCAAGAGUCGACGUUGCGAAACGAAGACGUAUUUGUGGCGGAUGGCGAACAGCACAUUGCUGUGAUUACACGCGAAGCCAACCGGAAUAGACUAGAAGUCGACCGGUUCUCCACGCAUGGAGAAACUCGGCCUACAGGAAAGCAAGAAAUACACCUUCCAGGAAAUAUUUAUAUAGGAGGAGCACCAAAUCUGAGCCGUUUCACGGGAGAACGGUUUAACGAAAGCUUCAGUGGGUGUGUCUACGUGAUAGAAAAUCCCGAAUCUGGUCGGGCCGUACCACUGGAAAACUUCGCCGUUCGAACGGUGAACGUCGAUAUUUGUGAUGACGUUGUAGACCUAGGCACCGAGCCGCCGAUCGUUUAAAUUAUGUACAGGGUUUCAAACCGUACUACCAGUAGUCACAAUCUGCGAUACGAAUGAACUUCCACGAUUACUGUAACGAUACCCCAUCUACUGUGAAACGCACGUGAGUCAAAUAACAGGUCGUUUCGAGCGCCAUCGAUCUUUCAGUAUAGGUACGACGGAACUCCUUCAUUUGUUUGGUCUAUUCAUUCACAGUUUUGUUUUCCUAGAUUAUCCAAUCAAAACGAAUAUGUGCCAAAUAACGAUAGUAUUUAUGAAUGAUUCGUAAAAGUGACUAAACAAACGAUACCUACUAUUUAGAAACGACGCAAACGAGAUAUUCAAUUUUAAAAACACACACAUACACUUUUGCUUACGGUCUAUAAGACACUGCCUUUGUUCAUACUUUUGAUUAAGUUCUAUUUUUAUACUGCCACCACUCGUGUAUGACUGACCUAACAAAUACAAUUUGUAGUAAUUUCCCAGUGCAUUUGUUACAUCUACUUCCUUGCUGAAAGUAUGUUUGCCCUGAACGAAAUUGUAAGUAAAAAUACGCUUCCAGUGCUCUGAAAAUCGAAAGCAUUAUAUCAGUGGACAUAAAACCCAAAUUGAUGAGUAUGGUCAGUUGAAUUAAGUGAAAUCUCUAACAUGUGUUCAUUCUUGAGCUAAUAUUGCACUCAUUCUUUUACAAGUCAGAAAACGUCAAUUGCCUACUUUCUAAACAAUAAGUCUUCGGAAAUAAUGUUUUAUUCUAAAAACUGUCCUACUUUUACUACUUGUAUAUUCAUUUUUAUGUCAUGCUAAGACAAUAACAGAAAUAAGAACCAAUGUAUAAAAAAUGUACUAUCGAUUUCAGUUGAGAAAAAAAACUACAGAAAAUACAAAAAAGAGAAAAAAAAAAUAAA